GCAGUGACAGAGCUGGGGGAGUCCGAAGAUGGCGGCGUCGCGUCGCUCUCAGCAUCAUCACCACCAUCAUCAACAACAGCUCCAGCCCGCCCCAGGGGCUUCGGCGCCGCCGCCUCCACCUCCCCCCCCACUCAGCCCGGGCCUGGCCCCUGGGACCACCCCGGCCUCCCCUACGGUGGGCAGCCUGGCCCCGUUCGCCUCCCCGAGGCACGGCCUAGCGCUGCCGGAGGGGGAUGGCAGUCGGGAUCCGCCCGACAGGCCCAGAUCCCCGGACCCGGUUGACAGUGCCAGCUGUUGCAGUCCCACGAGCACAAUCUGUACGGUCGCCGCCGCUCCCGUGGUCCCGGCGGUUUCUGCCUCAUCUGCCGUCGGGGUCGCUCCCAACCCAGCCGGCGGCGGCAGUAACAAUUCGCCGUCGUCCUCUUCUUCCCCGACUUCUUCCUCCUCUUCCUCUCCAUCCUCCCCCGGAUCGAGCUUGGCGGAGAGCCCCGAGGCGGCCGGAGUUAGCACCACAGCACCAUUGGGGCCUGGGGCUGCGGGCCCGGGGCCAGGGGUCCCAGCAGUGAGCGGGGCCCUGCGGGAACUGUUGGAGGCCUGUCGCAAUGGGGACGUGUCCCGGGUAAAGAGGCUGGUGGACGCGGCAAACGUGAAUGCUAAGGACAUGGCCGGCCGGAAGUCUUCUCCCCUGCACUUCGCUGCAGGUUUUGGAAGAAAGGACGUGGUAGAACACUUACUACAAAUGGGUGCUAAUGUCCAUGCUCGUGAUGAUGGCGGUCUCAUUCCACUUCAUAAUGCGUGUUCUUUUGGCCAUGCUGAGGUUGUGAGUCUGUUACUGUGCCAAGGAGCUGAUCCAAAUGCCAGGGAUAACUGGAACUAUACCCCUCUGCAUGAAGCUGCUAUAAAAGGAAAGAUCGAUGUAUGUAUUGUGCUGCUGCAGCACGGAGCUGAUCCAAACAUUCGGAACACCGAUGGGAAGUCAGCCCUGGACCUGGCAGAUCCUUCAGCCAAAGCCGUCCUUACAGGUGAAUACAAGAAAGACGAACUCCUAGAAGCUGCUAGGAGUGGUAAUGAAGAAAAACUAAUGGCUUUACUGACUCCUCUAAAUGUGAAUUGCCAUGCAAGUGAUGGGCGAAAGUCAACUCCUUUACAUCUAGCAGCAGGCUACAACCGAGUUCGGAUCGUGCAGCUUCUCCUCCAACAUGGUGCUGACGUGCAUGCAAAAGACAAAGGUGGACUUGUGCCUCUUCAUAAUGCGUGUUCAUAUGGACACUAUGAAGUCACAGAACUGCUACUAAAGCAUGGAGCUUGUGUUAAUGCUAUGGAUCUGUGGCAGUUUACCCCGCUUCAUGAGGCUGCUUCCAAGAAUCGCGUAGAGGUCUGCUCUUUGUUACUUAGCCAUGGUGCCGAUCCUACUUUAGUCAACUGCCAUGGCAAAAGUGCAGUGGACAUGGCUCCAACUCCUGAGCUCCGGGAAAGAUUGACUUAUGAAUUUAAAGGUCACUCUUUACUACAAGCAGCCAGAGAAGCAGACCUAGCCAAAGUUAAAAAAACACUUGCUCUGGAAAUCAUUAAUUUCAAACAGCCACAGUCUCAUGAAACUGCACUGCACUGCGCUGUGGCCUCGCUGCAUCCCAAACGCAAACAAGUAACAGAAUUGUUACUUCGAAAAGGAGCAAAUGUUAAUGAGAAAAAUAAAGAUUUCAUGACUCCCCUGCAUGUUGCAGCAGAGAGAGCCCACAAUGAUGUCAUGGAGGUUCUCCAUAAACACGGAGCAAAGAUGAAUGCACUGGACACCCUUGGUCAGACCGCUUUGCAUAGAGCUGCCCUUGCUGGUCAUCUGCAGACAUGCCGCCUGCUGCUGAGUUACGGCUCUGAUCCCUCUAUCAUCUCCUUACAAGGCUUUACCGCAGCACAGAUGGGGAACGAGGCCGUGCAGCAGAUUUUGAGUGAAAGUACACCUAUACGCACUUCUGAUGUUGACUAUCGACUCUUAGAAGCAUCUAAAGCCGGAGACUUGGAAACUGUGAAGCAACUUUGCAGCCCUCAGAAUGUGAAUUGCAGAGAUUUAGAGGGCCGGCAUUCCACGCCCUUACACUUUGCGGCAGGCUACAACCGUGUGUCUGUCGUGGAGUACCUCCUCCACCAUGGUGCCGAUGUCCAUGCCAAAGACAAAGGUGGCUUGGUGCCCCUUCAUAAUGCUUGUUCAUACGGACACUACGAAGUAGCUGAGCUCUUGGUAAGACAUGGGGCUUCCGUCAAUGUGGCGGACUUAUGGAAAUUUACCCCUCUACAUGAAGCAGCAGCUAAAGGAAAAUAUGAAAUCUGCAAGCUCCUUUUAAAACAUGGAGCAGAUCCCACUAAAAAGAACAGAGACGGAAAUACACCUUUAGAUUUGGUAAAAGAAGGAGACACGGAUAUUCAGGACUUGCUGAGAGGAGAUGCUGCUUUGUUGGAUGCUGCCAAGAAGGGCUGCCUGGCAAGAGUGCAAAAGCUCUGUACCCCAGAGAAUAUCAACUGCAGAGACACCCAGGGCAGAAACUCAACCCCUCUGCACCUGGCAGCCGGCUACAAUAACCUGGAAGUAGCGGAGUAUCUUCUAGAGCAUGGAGCAGAUGUUAAUGCCCAAGACAAAGGUGGUUUAAUACCUCUUCACAAUGCGGCAUCCUAUGGGCAUGUGGACAUCGCGGCAUUAUUGAUAAAAUACAACACAUGCGUAAAUGCAACAGACAAGUGGGCGUUUACUCCUCUUCACGAAGCAGCCCAAAAAGGCAGGACGCAGCUUUGUGCCCUACUCCUAGCGCAUGGUGCAGAUCCAACUAUGAAGAACCAGGAAGGCCAGACCCCUUUAGAUCUGGCAACAGCGGAUGACAUCAGAGCUUUGCUGAUAGAUGCCAUGCCCCCAGAGGCCUUACCUACCUGUUUCAAACCUCAGGCUACUGUCGUGAGUGCCUCUCUGAUCUCACCAGCAUCCACCCCCUCCUGCCUGUCUGCCGCUAGCAGCAUAGACAACCUCACCGGCCCCUUAGCAGAACUGGCAGUAGGAGGAGCGUCCAACACCGGGGAUGGCGCGGCGGGCGCAGAAAGGAAGGAAGGGGAAGUUGCGGGUCUUGACAUGAAUAUUAGCCAGUUCCUAAAAAGCCUUGGUCUUGAACACCUGCGGGACAUCUUUGAAACAGAACAGAUUACGCUAGAUGUGUUGGCUGAUAUGGGUCAUGAAGAGUUGAAAGAAAUAGGCAUCAAUGCAUACGGACACCGCCAUAAGUUAAUCAAGGGAGUGGAAAGACUCUUAGGUGGACAACAAGGCACCAAUCCUUAUUUGACUUUUCACUGUGUUAAUCAGGGAACUAUUUUGCUGGAUCUUGCUCCAGAAGAUAAAGAAUAUCAGUCAGUAGAAGAGGAGAUGCAAAGUACAAUUCGAGAACACCGAGAUGGUGGUAAUGCUGGUGGCAUCUUCAACAGAUACAAUGUCAUUCGAAUUCAAAAAGUUGUAAACAAGAAGUUGAGAGAACGGUUCUGUCACAGACAGAAGGAAGUGUCUGAGGAGAAUCACAACCACCACAAUGAACGCAUGUUGUUUCACGGUUCUCCUUUCAUUAAUGCCAUUAUUCAUAAAGGGUUUGAUGAGCGACAUGCAUAUAUAGGAGGAAUGUUUGGUGCUGGGAUUUAUUUUGCUGAAAACUCUUCUAAAAGCAACCAGUAUGUUUAUGGAAUUGGAGGAGGAACAGGCUGUCCCACACACAAAGACCGGUCAUGUUAUAUAUGUCACAGGCAAAUGCUUUUCUGUAGAGUGACCCUUGGCAAGUCGUUUCUGCAGUUCAGCACCAUGAAAAUGGCCCACGCCCCCCCAGGCCAUCACUCUGUCAUUGGGAGGCCAAGUGUGAAUGGGCUGGCCUAUGCCGAAUACGUCAUCUACAGAGGAGAGCAGGCAUACCCAGAGUAUCUGAUCACAUACCAGAUCAUGAAGCCGGAAGCUCCUUCACAGACCGCAACAGCCGCAGAGCAGAAGACCUAGUGAAUGCCCGUCGGUAAAGGCCGGAUCAGAUUUCAGCCUGGGCCUGGAUGACAGUGGAUUGUUUUCAACAAAAUCAAUAUUCUAUAAAUCCCUGACAGCCUAGAAAUAAGCUGUUUGUCUUUUAUAAAGCAUUGCGAUAGUGAUGAAUAUAGUAUGAGUAACUGAUACAUACUCAACUGCUACUGUUCCCUUUGAGGAAAUGUUUACAGGGGCGGCCUUUUAAUAUAUCUCAGGCUCAUUUUCAUUGCAGUUAUCCAUCGCUAAGACAGGACUGCUUCGAUCUAGACUUGGAAAUGGGAAAAAAGACAACAUAACCAAUACUUUCCCAAAUGUUCACAAUUCACACACUACGUUUGCUUUUCUACAUAUGGCCCGUGUAUAUAAUAAAUAUACACAUAUGACAGGCUCAUUUUUUUAGUUUUUUCUGAGCAUUUAUCAUCCACUUUUUGUUGCUAUCAUUGUUGUUGCUUACUUUGAAAAUGAGCCCGAGCCUUCCCGAGGAUAUUUUGCACAGUCACACUGACUAAAAUCACUAGUGACAUAACCCGAGCUUCCCGCUGAGCAAGGCUUUUAGUGUCCACUUUUUUUCCCCCCACUGAUUUAUUUUUUAUCUGUACCUCUUGUCAGCGUAAACUCAGAUGGAAAGGAAAAACGCCACAUUUCAGUUUCCUUUUAUGACUGGCCAGUCGUACAAGGGAAAGGCACCCAGCGUCCACCUGAUUUAGGAACUCCCAGGUUCAGAGCAAGUUGAAGCCCAUGAGAGCCACUCGCACUUCCCAACGCAGGCCUGCCUCCAAGGCGUUCAGGACAGUGCUGGAGGGCCAGGAAGAGCCUAGCCGGUGAGAGGCUGUGGUGAUGUUCAGAGGGGAGACCGCCGGGGAGGCCUGUGAAUCCAGAAGCAUCAUUAAGACGCGUGAGGGGCCCGAGGUGCGAUCAUAUGGCAGCAGAAAAGGACCACGAGGACUUCUCCAAGAUAACACUAUUUCACUUAACCUGCACCACCAGAGCUGUCGCCCCAGAAUCAGCUGCCUUACUUCCAAAUUCGGUGGACUAACCGUACUCCAGUAGAAUAACAAAAGUACUACUUGAUUGUCUCUCUAGUUUAGAAAGCUGGGGUUCAAAUCCUGUUUAGUCACUAGAUAGGCACAAAUGGGAGAACUCUUUUGUUUGCUCCAGAUUUGGGGUUUAUUUUGAGUGAGGUGCUUCAGAUAGUUUACAUAGGUCCCUGCACUAAAUUUUUGAACCACUGUCUCAAACUACUUAAUAGAUGAGGAGAACAAAAAUGGAAACCAAAGCUCUUUCAGUUGUUUUUUAAAUGAAAGGAGAGAAAUAGUCAUACUGUUUCUUCUUGAAAUCACUGCUUUGUUUUGCUUUUUUUCCCUCAACAUUUGUCAAGUGCACAUUGACACUUGUAAAAAAAAAAAAUUAUCCGUGACAGUUCUCACACUUGUCCUUUUCAUCUUAAAUGAAUAUUGAAUUGAGUGCAUUAACAUAUUUACUUGGACAUGCUGUGUGUCUACUUAGCUUUGAAGCAAAGUAAUAUAAAUGUGGUGGAAAAAAAGGAAAAACAGUGUGAUGGAAACUUGCCAUUUCAAUUUACAGUCCUGAAAACUAAUUUGCUUGUUUUUUUAAUGCAGGUUGAUUAAGCUGUGACUUCAUUUAAUCUCCUAAAGAAAAAUAAAGCGGUUACAUGCAAAGAUUCUAGAAUAGGGUCUUAAAAAUACACAUUUUGCUUUCCUUUUGGCUUGAGUCCAAUGCUAGAACUAGGCAUCAGGAACUAGUUUUGCGUUUUAUAGCUGAAUCUUGCAUGGGUCCUCAAAAUUAAAUCAAGAAUUAGCCUCAGUUGUUGCUUCUAUUGAAGUUUUAGUGACCCAAGCUGGGUGUUUGUGUCUUGGCUACUUGUUUAAUAGCACUAGAAUUCCACACAGAGCUCCCAAGUUUGAUAUUCAUGAAGAGGGCUUUUUUCUCCCUUCCUUCUUUUUUGCUGUGUUUGUAACAGUGGGUUGAAGGAAUUGGCAUUUGUGUCGUUUUCAGUAGCUGUGAAAGUGUAUAAUACUUGCCUCCAAUUAGAUAUAGUUUAAAAUGGUAAACACAGCUGUGAUUUUUAGUUAAGUAAAAGGAUGAAUAUGGUAUGGAUCUCAAAAGCUUUAUAGCUUCAUUAAAAACAUAAGCCACUACCCACUCAACUGUGGUUAUAUGUCGUUUCCGUCACACUAACUAGGUUAAUGGAUGUGCCAGUUUGAAACUUCAGCCUUACAUUUGAGAAGCUAAGCCGUGGUUCGGUAUUUAAACUGCCAAUGUUAUAUCUGACAUUCUGUGUGCCGAGUAAAGGUACUGUGUAAGGAAGACAUUUGCUGUGCUUCUUGUCUUGUAAUGAUUUGAAUAUGUAGUAGUUCUUGAAGGAAUGUGUACAUAUUACUCAUCUGCUGAAGAGAAUGAGGUAAUCAAUAUCUCAUAGGAGCCAAAUACAUUUUUUCAAAACUUGAAAACCAAAGGUCACCCUGAGCACGUUCAAGUUAGCAGACAUUGAUUGCAUUUGGAAUUUCCACCCAUAGUAGUGUGAAAAACCCUUUGGAACUUAAAAGCAUGGCAUUCAGUUAGGCUGAAAUGCAGUUUAUUUCUUGUACACGCUCUCCAGAAAAACUAGCAAGUGAGGGCUUCCUGUGUGCCCGCCCCUGAGUGGCCCCUCUGUUUCCCAAACCACAUAGAAGAGAAUCCAGACCCUCCACCAGCCCACUGCAGGUCUGACAUCAAAGGGCUUCUAGCCCUGAUGGCCCAGUUUGCUAGCUGUUGGCAUCAGUUAAGUGGUCUGGACUGGGCACUUUUCUUCUUGUUUGUGGCCUCCUUCCAUUUUCCCCAGAUGGCUAGUCUGGACUUAGGAUUAGCUCCAGCAGUUACCUUUGACCCCACUCAUUUGCCUCCUUCCUCUGUCUUGAGCCUUGCAUACAUACAGCAACUGUACCUCAGUUUCCAGUUCACAACCAGAGUCGGGUAGUAGGCCUCAUGUUCUCUGCUUAGAAGAUUCGGCCACUUUGUUGACAGAUGACAGCGUGGAACCCAGAAUUCUAAUUCUAUGUAGAAUAAUAGCAGUACAACCAGAAUCCUUCCUUUAUCUUUUCCUUCUUGGAAUUUGGAAUUCCUAGCUUUUCAGUAACAUAAGUAGAGUAAACAAUACUAGGAUGUUUGUGUGAAAUGACAUCCUUGUGGUCCUUUGAGCUUGAUGUUAGUGGCUACACUAAUUUCCCCUUGCUCUCAAAAUAGCGAAGUGCAUUGAUAUGUGCAGAGAAAUGCCUGAAUGUGGCAAAUAAAGUUAAUAUAGAGUAAUAUCAUAGCCUCUAUUCAAAAAAUAAAAUUUUGGUGUAUGCUAGAAAACA